UUGACGAAGCUGAUCGAAAGCCAACGACGGUUUCUUCGAGAUAUCUCGUGCCAUCUGUUGUUGCAAAAGAAACAUAAGGCAAUGUGUUUAUCAGUGAAUCGACGUAGAUUCGUCAUGUUUAAAGUAGUCCGAGAAACCGACUCGGCCCCGUUAAGCCCUUGUGACCUUUCGUAGUUUGUGGUGACCUUCACGGGAGGUUGACCGUGGAACUGUUCGUUUGUCCACCCACUUGCUUUUCAACUGUUCUGUUUUUUCUAUUGUGAUAUAUUGUUUUAAACGGAAGUUGCAAAACAGGUAACAAAAUGUCAAGGGAACGUGUAUCUAGAAGAUUUUAUCGUAUGGACAGCAGUAAUGAUUUACUUGAAUUUAUGGAUCGUGGAUAUUCAGCACAACAUGAAAAUCGAUGGAAUUUUGAAGUUGCUUGGGAAGCUGCUAAUAAAGUUGGUGGUAUAUACACUGUAAUACGUUCCAAAGCUUUUGUAUCAACAGAAGAAAUGGGAGAUCAAUAUUGCCUUAUCGGCCCAUAUAAAGAAACCUCAGCACGUACUGAAGUUGAGGAAGCAGACUUUCCUCAUAAUAGCCCAUUGCAUUUAGCUGUACAAGUUUUACGUGAUCAAGGCUUUAAAGUGGUAACAGGAACCUGGUUAGUGGAUGGAAAUCCACAAAUCAUUCUGUUCGAUAUUGGAAGUGCAGCAUGGAAGUUGGAUGAAUAUAAGCAAGAAUUAUGGAAUACUUGUAAUCUUGCUAUUCCACAUUUGGAUAUAGAAGCUAAUGAUGCAGUUAUUCUCGGUUAUCUCGUUUGUCAAUUUAUGGCUGAAUUCAGACUAGCUGCAGAAGGAUAUUCAGAUGUCCCUCCGCGUAUAGUCAUUCAUUGCCACGAAUGGCAAGCCGGCGUUGGUCUAAUUGCGAUAAGAACCAAACACGUGGAUGUAGCUACAGUUUUUACUACGCAUGCAACUCUCCUUGGAAGAUAUUUAUGCGCGGGAAAGACUGAUUUUUAUAAUAAUUUAGAUAAGUUUAAUGUCGAUGAAGAAGCAGGGAAACGCCAAAUUUAUCAUAGAUAUUGUAUGGAACGUGCAGCCGCGCAUUUGGCGCACAUAUUUACAACUGUUUCGGACAUAACGGGCUUCGAAGUGGAGCAUUUGUUAAAACGGAAACCCGAUAUAAUUACGCCAAAUGGGCUCAACGUAAAAAAAUUUGCAGCAUUACAUGAAUUCCAAAAUUUGCAUGCUGUUAGUAAAGAAAAAAUACAUGAAUUUGUUAGAGGUCAUUUUUAUGGACAUUACGAUUUUGAUUUGGAUAAAACUUUAUACUUUUUCAUUGCUGGACGUUAUGAAUUUGGAAACAAGGGUGCCGAUAUAUUUAUCGAAGCUUUGGCUAGACUAAAUCAUUAUUUAAAAACAUCUAGACCUGAUGUAACUGUCGUAGCUUUUCUCAUUUUUCCAGCGCGGACUAAUAAUUUUAAUGUAGAAUCAUUGCGUGGACAUGCUGUUACCAAGUCGUUGCGAGAUACGAUUAACGACAUACAACAAAAAAUAGGGAAACGUAUGUAUGAACAGUGCCUAUCUGGUCGCAUGCCUGACGCACAAGAUCUUUUACAGAAAGAGGAUACUAUUAAAAUUAAACGAUGUUUAUAUGCUUUACAAAGGAAUGGAUUGCCACCAAUUACCACGCACAAUGUUAUAGACGAUUGGAACGAUCCGGUAUUGAACGGUAUCAGAAGAUGUAACCUUUUCAAUACGGUUAACGAUCGAGUAAAGAUAGUAUUUCAUCCGGAAUUUCUAUCAUCGACGAAUCCAUUAUUCGGUCUCGAUUAUGAAGAAUUUGUUAGGGGUUGUCAUUUGGGUGUCUUCCCAUCAUAUUACGAGCCUUGGGGCUACACGCCUGCAGAAUGUACAGUCAUGGGUAUUCCUAGUAUAACUACAAAUUUGUCUGGUUUCGGGUGUUUCAUGCAGGAACAUAUAGCUGAUCCAAUGAGUUAUGGUAUUUAUAUUGUGGACAGACGAUUCAUAGGUCUGGAAAACAGUGUCCAACAACUUGCUCAAUACAUGUUUGAUUUUGCACGGUUAAGUCGUCGACAACGUAUUAUUCAGAGAAACCGUACAGAACGUCUUAGCGAUCUUCUUGACUGGAGAAAUCUUGGCAUUUAUUACCGUCAGGCCAGAAUUAAAGCUUUGAUUAAAGUUUAUCCAGAAUUGGCUUCUGAAUAUGCCGAAGGUGGAGUAGGGCGUUUUAGUUAUCCUAGGCCGAUUAGUGAACCACCGUCACCUUCAUCUUCGAGACACACUACGCCAGCUGCUUCGGUGCACGGGUCCGAUGAGGAGGAUGAAGUAGACGACGAAAAGGAGUUGGAGGAAUUACGCCAAACAGCUGGUAGAUAAAUGCUAAAAAAUAUCGAGAAACUAGUGGCGAACAAUUAUGUAUAUUAGAUGAAUACGUGGAGACUUCGCGAUAGUAGAGCCAAAAAUUUGUUUAAUAUGGUCUUCCAUGAAGAGAAUUAACUAAAUAAGUCAUUCGUUCGUCAUACUUUUCACUUUUACAGUUAUUCGUCAUAUGCUCUUGUUGCUUACACACCAUACGAGAAAUACUCAUGACAACAUAACAGUAUAUACAACAGUAUUUAUAUUACAUGACAACAAAAUCGUUACGAACAAGUCUUCCACGAAUUAUAUUCGCACGUAAUGUUCCACUGACCUACGAUGAGAUUGUUAUCUUUUAAAAAUUAUAUUUGAUAUUAUACAUACGCGUAUAUUUAGCGAGUGUUCCUAUUGUAUAGAGACGGUUAUAUAUUUUUAUGAGAAUUAGUACAGAAAUAAAAUUUUUUAACAUUUUUAGUUAUUGAAUUGUCGGGCCGAUCAAUGUUUUCCUUAGUG